ACCCCCACACCCCCUUACCCCCCUGUCCCCAUCUCCCUCCCAGUCACCUGCUCUGACUGGUGCCUUUCUACGGGACAUGGUGGAGGUGCAGGGGCCUCCCACCCGUUCUUAAUUUACUUCUCAGAACGUAAUCCAGCCAUGGUACAAGUUUCACUGCGGGGGGAGGGGGGGAGGGGGUCGCAGAGCCUGGAAGUGGCCGUCCUGCAGAAAUACUGCAUUUAAUGGGAAAGUGUUUGUCUGCACACAACAAACAUCGUAUGUAGAACAAGAGGGGCCCUGCCAGUGUGAGUCUCUCGAUUCAGCAGCUGUAGGUUUGUCUCCUGAGAUGUGGCAGCAAAAAGUCAGCG